AUGUCGUGCUGUCCCUUAAACGCUUGUUAUCUUGCCGUAGCAGUUUUAUCAGCUGUGCAGUGUCCGCUACUCAAGACUGUCGGUUCCCCUCUACUCGACGGACUUGCUGGCGGUGUUUGCGCUCUACUUGGAGGUUCUGGCGCCGUCACAAAUGCUUGCAACUGUCUUACAGCUGCUAAUGCUCCCGGUGCUUGCGGUUCUAGAUGUACAGAUUCACAAGGAAUUGGUCCAGGAUACGCACUCUACACACCAUUAUCCAGUAUCCUCGGAAGUGUAGUAAAGCUUGCAGGGGAAUCAGUAUGUCCGGGAACUACUGGAUAUUAUUGUCCCACGGGCCAAACUUGUAAGACAAGGACCGGCUCUGCACCUUAUUGUUGCAAUGAUAGUACAGACUGCUACAGCUCGCUUGGUAAAUGCGCAGAUACGUCAUGGCAACAAUACAGGGUCACAAUCGGCGCUAGUACUAGCAAUUUCUGCUGCGGAAAUGGAACGAUCGGUGUAUACCAAAGCACAGGUCAAAAUAGUGUUGGUAUCUGUGCAACGGCUCGUCCUGCAUUUUAUACCACUGUCAGUGCCAUCUCAUCGGGAAGUUGUUCUUAUAGCACCUCAAGUAUUGUCCUCUCGAUUACUCUUUCAUCAAGUAUAAGUACGAGAUCGGGUUCCUCGAGUUCGCAAACAUCGACUCUUGUACCAGACUCUCCGAUCACUUUUACCAGAUCCAGAUCCACUUCUACUUCUACCCCAACCUCAAUACGCGCAUCUUCUAGCUCCAGUUCAACAACUCAAUCUGCAUCUACCUCUACCUCAAUAUCGACAUCUCCUAGACCCAGUUCAACUCUGGUACCAGACUCUCUAAUCACUUUUACCAGAUCCAAAAGUACUUCUACCUCAGUCUCAAUACUUCUAUCUCCUACUUCCAGUUCGACAACUCAAUCGCUUACCUCACCGAUAUCAUCCGUGUCUUCCAGUACUUCGAUAUCGAAAUCGACUUCCACGACGCAAAUAAUUCAAUCGCCGACCUUUUCUUCGUCAACAAUCUCGUCCAGUACUUCAUCGAUUGUGAUUUCGAUUUCUACUUCCGUCUCAGACAAUCUGUCUUCCACUUCAUUAACUUUCACUGCAACUUCGCCUUCCUCAUCCGCUUUCAACCAAAGUCCCCCCUCAGUCUCACAAUCUAACACCUCGAUACCAUCUUCAUCGUCCUCCAUUUCCUCACUGGAAAUCUCACAAUCGCAAUCGCAAUCGCAAUCCUCAUCCAUUCAUUUCACUUCAUCCCCCUCGCAAUCUUCUUCUAGCGUAAGCAACUUCAUAUCUUCAUCAUUCAUCGGACCAGUAACAGCACAAUCUUCUACAUUGUCUGAAGCGGAAUCAACUAAUAGUACAUCUACUUCUGCACCAGUGGAAACACCAGCGGAGCCAUGCGAUGCUAGUCUGUGUUUAUUCAGUCGAGUUAUUCCUACUUCUCGCGAACUUUGA